CUUCACCUCAACUACCCUUCCCCUCCCUCUCAUAUACUUACACAACACAACCCAACACAUAUAUCACACAUACAUUGUCUGCAAACUGUUCCCGUCUCUUCUUACUUAUAUUGUCAACUUGUGAGAUUCAACUUGUGAGAAUCAACUUGUGAGAUUCGACAUAGGACACAAUUAGCAAAACUCCUACAAAAGACAUCCUUGAUCAUUUGGGAUGAAGCGCCUAUGGCGCAUAAGUAUUGCUUCGAAGCUCUGGAUAGGUCAUUAAGAGAUAUAUUGAAAGAUAAAUAUGAGGAUAGUAUUAACAAACCAUUCGGCGGCCUUACAGUAGUUUGCGGGGGGGACUUUCGACAAAUAUUACCAGUUAUUCCGAAAAGUACAAAAGCUGAUAUUAUUGAUGCAUCUCUAAAUUCAUCAUACUUGUGGCCCUCUUUUCAGGUUUAUGAGCUCACUCAAAAUAUGAGACUUUUUAAUCCAAACAUGAGCUCUACCGAGGCAGCCAAAAUCGCUUCCUUUGAUGAAUGGUUAUUGCAAAUAGGAAAUGGUUCCCUGUAUGACGACAAGGAGAAAGAGUUGAUCAGACUUCCGGCUGAUCUAUGCAUAACCUCUUAUGAAGAUCCAAUGAAAUCAAUAAUUCAGGCCAUCUAUUCUACUUUCCUACAAAGUUACAGUGAUCCUACAUAUUUCAAGGAGCGAGCGAUACUAACACCGACAAAUGAUAUGGUCCAUGAACUGAAUGAGAUGAUCAUGGACAUCAUCCCUGCUGAAGCCAGGACGUAUUUAAGCUCAGACGGGAUAUGCAAAGCAAGUUUUAAAACUGAUCAAAACGAUCUUCUAUAUCCAACAGAGUUCUUGAACAACUUAAAAUUUUCUGGCGUCCCAAAUCAUAACAUACAGCUUAAGGUAGGUGCUCCUAUAAUGCUACUCAGAAAUUUAAACCAGGGAGAUGGCUUGUGUAACGGUACUAGACUAAUAGUCACCAAUCUUGGUAAAUGGUCCAUUCGAGCUGAUAUCAUUUCAGGGAAAAAUAUUGGUACCAAUGUCACUAUACCACGGAUUAUUAUGUCUCCAAAUGAGUCGAGGUGGCCGUUCAAGCUUAACAGACGACAACUUCCUGUGACGACAUGUUUUGCCAUGACGAUCAAUAAGAGCCAGGGACAAUCACUCAAACAUGUCGGCCUAUUUCUUCACAAGCAGCUAUUCACUCACGGUCAAGCAUAUGUUGCUAUGUCACGAGUGACCACGAGAGAAGGAUUGACAAUAAUAAACGCUGAUGAUGAGGUGGAGGAUAAAACAUUGAUUAAGAAUAUAGUUUACAGAGAAAUAUUCCAGACAAUUCUGCCAUCCACACAAAGCUCCGUACAACCUUAAAACAGAGAUUGAGAGAGACUCUCUGAUAUGGACUCAGGAAGUGAGAACAGAAGAAACAAGAGGGCUAAAACAUUGAUUAAGAAUAUAGUUUACAGAGAAAUAUUCCAAACAAUUCUGCCAUCCACACAAAGCUCCGUACAACCUUAAAACAGAGAUUGAGAGAAACUCUCUGAUAUGGACUCAGGAAGUGAGAACAGAAGAAACAAGAGGGCUUCUUAUGAUGAUUCCGAUGAAAAUUCAACACGUCUUGGGUUCCUGGGUCUUGGCAUCGUGGGUUCUCCAAUGACACAAAACUCAUAAAAUCACUGUAUGUAUCUUAUUUUUAAGGCAUUUUGCUUGCCAGGCUUCAUUAAAUAUGGUCAGCUGAUAAGGUCACCACCCUAGAUUACCACUGUAUGCCAGAGCCAAUGCAAUAGAAUAAAAGCCAAAUUCAACCUUAAAGUUUUGAUCUCUGUUUCUUAAUUGGCUACUGACUUCAAUUUUCUGCAGUUUUCGUGUGUAUGCAGCUUUAUGAUGCCUGCUUACGGAUUUGAUCAGAUUGAAAUUCCUGUAAAACCUUAUUGGACUGGUAAUAGAAGAUCACUGCUGUCAACAUUUCAACCCACUCUUGCCUUUAGUACCACCUCAUCUGGGUGAUUAGAAUGGAGUUGUACAAUAAAUUAAUAGAUGGAACUCAUUCAAAAGUUGAUUUUAAGGUGCUGAGUAUCAGCCUUUAGAGUGGCAUCGCCAUGUGCUACUUUUAAUGGAUUAUGUAUAAUUGUAAGCGGACUUCUAUCCCAGACAAAUAGGGAGAAAAUGCCUCUCUAAUAGUUUACAUAGUCAGACAACAUAAUAGACAUAACCUACAGUGCAUAUAUGAUCAAAUUACCGAAUCAUAGCCAUAGGCCAGUGUAAUACUAUAAGGAGCACAAAUUAUUUGAAGAUGGUCUAUUGGUCUUCAGUAUUAUAAUAUUUAAUUGUCUU